UAAGCCAUACAAAUAAUAGACAACACAUAUACAUAUGUAUAUGUACGUUAAAACAUUAUAACAUUCGUAUAUUAUUCAGUUUACACCACAAGAUGCAAACAUAACGUUCUUGGCUGUCGUCCGGUGAAGACUGCAAUAAACGUGUCGUCUGCAAUAGUACAAAUCUAAAAGUAACAACAAGAAAAGUACAACAAAAAAUAACCACAAUAUCGUAACAUAAUCGUUUUAUUGUUUUUGACGCUGUUAAAUUGAAGUGGAACGCGAACAAGUGCAUUUUAAGGACAAUAUGUCGGAAAAAAUUAAUACGGUCAAUGCAAACGGGGUAAAUCUAAGUAUACCACCACUUAAGGUGGCCAUCAUUGGCGGAGGUCUAGUUGGUUCAUUGGCCGCCUUGAAUUUCGCUCGCAAUGGACACAACGUUCAUCUGUACGAGUAUCGCGAAGACAUACGUACAUCAGAGUUGGUGCAGGGGCGUAGUAUCAAUUUGGCUUUGUCUGAGAGGGGUCGCAAAGCUCUGGCUGAAGUUGGUCUUGAAGAUGAAGUUUUGAGUACGGCCAUACCGAUGCGAGGUCGUAUGUUGCACGAUGUUAAGGGGCAGACAUCGGUGGUUCUAUACGAUCCCUGUACAAAUCAAUGUCUCUAUUCGGUGGGACGUAAACAUUUAAAUGAAGUUCUAUUAAAUGCUGGUGAAAAGUUCCCCAACAUACAGUAUCACUUUCGACACAAACUGAAAUCGGCAAAUCUGCAAGAGGGUUCAAUGCGUUUCCAGUGUGACUAUGAGGAACAACAGCUGGAGGAAGCUACAGCUGAUCUAAUUGUUGGUUGUGAUGGUGCCUUCAGUGCGGUACGCCAACAAAUGUCCAAGACCUUGGGUUUUAAUUUUUCGCAGGAGUAUAUUGAACAUGGGUAUUUGGAAUUGUGUAUACCCGCCAAGAAUGAUGAGUUCCAAAUGCCACCAAACUAUUUGCACAUCUGGCCGAGAAAUGAAUUUAUGAUGAUUGCUCUGCCGAAUCAGGAUAAAUCUUUUACCGUUACUCUAUCGAUGCCAUUCAAAGUGUUUGAGGGUAUUCGAACGCCAAAAGAGCUAUUGGAAUUUUUUCACAGAUAUUAUUCAGAUGCUGUGCCAUUGAUUGGCGAGGAGUUGCUUAUUAAGGAUUUCUUUAAAUCCAAACCUCAGUUUUUGUUGUCGAUUAAGUGCAAUCCUUUCCAUUUCGCUGACAAGGCUAUACUACUGGGAGAUGCCGCACAUGCCAUGGUACCAUAUUACGGACAAGGUAUGAAUGCUGGUAUGGAAGACUGUACACUAUUCUUUUCGAUACUUCGUGAACCGCACAUGACUAUCGGCAAGGCUUUGGAAACAUUUACCGAACGUCGUGUCAGCGAUGCCCAUGCCAUUUGUGACCUUGCCAUGUAUAAUUAUGUUGAAAUGAGAGAUUUGACAAAACGAUUCUCUUUUAAGUGUCGUAAAAUGUUGGAUACAACUCUGUUUCGUUUCUUCCCGAACUAUUGGGUGCCACUCUACAAUAGUGUCUCCUUUACCAGUAUGCCGUAUAGCAAGUGUAUAGCUAACCGUCAGUGGCAGGAUGAGAUUCUCAAGAAAAUCAUGUUCAUAGUUUUGUCAUCGGCAGUGUUAUUUAUAGGAGCUCUUUACAUAGUUCAUUGAUUUGAAAUUUAUUUUUUAUUUCGUAAUAUAGUUUUAAGUUUAAGUGUAUUAUCAUUAUUAUAUUUUAAUAAAAAAGGAUUUAUACCAUAAACAA